GUGGUUCCCUCCAUGUCACGUUCGAAACCAACUAAGCACAUUUCUAUCUUUCUCUCUCUGUUUCCCUCUCUAUAUCUACGUUCGAGAAAAGUAAAACAGAAUCCUUCAACCUAACUAUAAGAAAACCAACUCACCCCCUUAACCCCAUGAAGUAAAAUUAAAAAAAAAAAAUCAUACUACAAAUCAAUCUCUCUCUUGAGACAUAUGUUGUCUUUGUUUCUUUUCCUUUGCCUUAUUAUUAACUAACUCUUUCACCAACAAUUUACAUAUAUAAUCCGAGAAUUUCAUUCUCUAUUUUAUAUAAUAUAUAAGCAUAUAAAUUUAUAUUUUUCAUGAUCUAAAUCCUCCAAGUACAAGGGCAUCUCUUCUCCAGCAACUAGAGAAUAUAUAUAUAAUUAAAGGAAAAAGGAAAUAUGGGUAGUAGUAGCAGUAAUAGUACUAGCAGUAGAAGUAGUAUUAGUUUUCACCUUUUAAAGAGUUUGGUUCGAGGGCUUGCAGUGGUGGGGCUUAUGUGGAUUUUGUUGGCUGGAACUACGCCGGAGGGGACAACAGGGACCACCACCACACGCACUACUACUACUACUACAAGUACUACACCUCAUACUAAAUCAAACUUGGCACCAACGGAGUCCGCUGGAAAAAUCAAAGGAAACGACCACGUGGUCGUUGUAGGAAAGGAGAAGCUUGCUCAUCCAAAGUUGGAUCUUAUUAAUUACAUGAGCAAACGAAGAGUUCCUAAUGGGCCAGAUCCCAUUCAUAACAGGAGAGCUGGAAAGUCGGGAAGACCUCCUGGUCAAGCUUAGCCCUUACCAAUUUAGGAAUACUAUAUAGCUAGCUUAACGAGCAAAAAGAGCAGAUAUAUAAAAUGACACAAAUGAGCAUAUCUACAAUCAUGUUUUCCUUAAUCUUUUAGAAAUGGGGUUAUGAAAUUAUUAAUUCCUGCUGCUCAUAUCUGAAAAAGUUUUCUCGAUCCCCAGCCCACUCAUGGAGUAAUAUAACUUCAAAGUCUUUUUCACCUAUAUAGCGCUACGCCGCUAUUAAUUUUCUCGAUUGAGAGGUUUACGGAAAAUACCAUAUCCGCCAGACAAACGAGCUUAUUAGCUUGCAUAAAAUACACUCGAAAUAAUUCAGUGAGAGAUAAAAGUACUGUUUCUACAAAUCUUGCCUCUUAUAUAUUAGCAUUCAAUACAGUUAAUAUAUAUUAUAUAUAUAAAUACAUCAGCCUGUUUAUAGU